UCUGCGCACUGGGUCGCUGCUGGUCGCUAGCAGCUCAGAGACUCCGUACUCCGUUACGAAGCGACGCGGAGCAGAGAUAACGGGUCGCACACGACGGACAAACCCCCGACCACCACCGCACACGAUGCGUCUUUUAGUCUCUAUUUUAUGAACACCAUCGGACUUGGCGGGCUUCGGUGUACACAAACGGCGUCGUCUCCCGUCCGUGUUUCGCCGCCCAUGGGAGCGCAGUAGCUAGCUAACUGGAGGAUGAUGUCUCAUCGGUGGAAUCACCCCGACUGAGAUGGACCCAGCGACCCAGCUACGGCGGAGUCGUAGCCUGCUAGCCAGCUAGCGAGCCGAGCUCUCAUGAUCGGACCCCUUCUACGACGAGCGAACGGCCGGGAGAGAUCCGUCCCCGACACGAUACUUUAUUCAGACCCCGUUAUGAGGCUGUACGGAUUCCAGCGAGACAUGUUAAAAUGUUAACUAGCACCGUUGCUAACUUUACCUAGGCUAGGUUAGCCACACGUGACCCCAUCCUUGCAUACAUCUCUGCCGUCCUCCGGGUGAUUAAGUGACGUUCGUGUGGCAGUGCGCACCAGGAUGGCGGAGCUAAUGGACAGCGCCCGGAAGCUGGGCUGGGUUCUCCUGAAUUGUACCGUUCGUUUUAUUUUUAUGUUCAUCAACAACUUUGUAGCCAUACCUUCCUACUGUUUAUACCUUAUACUUCUUCAACCGCUGAGAAUAUGGGACAGUCCUACGUUUUGGCACAUUGAAGGAAUUAUGUUCAAAUGGAUGCUGGCCAUGGUGUCUUCGUGGGGCUGGGUCGCAGGGUAUACAGUGACGGAGUGGGGCGACGACGUGAGGCCGUUCUCGGAGGACGAAGCCAUGGUCAUCGUGAACCACCAGGCGACUGGGGACGUGUGCACGCUCAUGAUGUGCCUGCAGGACAAGGGCACGGUGGUUAGGAAGAUGAUGUGGUUGAUGGACCAUGUGUUCAAGUACACCAACUUUGGCCUGGUGUCCCUCAUACAUGGAGACUUCUUCAUCAGACAGGGUAAAACCCACCGGGACAAGCAGCUGAUCUACCUGAAGGACCACCUGGACCGGUACUACCAGAGCCGUGACAGGAAGUGGAUAGUGCUGUUCCCCGAGGGGGGUUUCCUGCGCAAGCGGCGGGAAACCAGCCAGGCGUUCGCCAAGAAGAACUCGCUGCCCCACCUGACCCACGUGACCCUGCCGCGGCUGGGCGCCACGCAGGUCAUCCUGCGGACCCUUGGAGCCCAGCAGGAGAACGGCAGCGUCAGCAGCGAGAGUGGGCCCCCAAGCCAGUCAGGUUAUAAACGCAAAGGCUUGCAGUGGGUGGUGGAUGUGACUAUAGCCUACCCCCAGGCCCGGCCCAUGGACAUACAGACCUGGAUCUUCGGCUACCGGCCCCCCACCGUCACACACGUGCACUACAGGUAGGUGGAGCUGGGCUUUGUUUUAUUAUACCGGUUGCAUGGGAACCGGUAUAAUUUCCCUCAAACCAAGAUCUGUAUUUCAAGAUGGCACUUGUUUCAGGACUCUUUAUUCUCUAGCAUUUUGGCCUGAUCUCACACACACACACACACACACACACACACACACACACACACACACACACACACACACACACACACACACACACACACACACACACACACACACACACACACACACACACACACACACACACACACACAGGAAG